GACAUGAUUCAGUAAUCACUCAAGAAAACCAUACUUUGAUAGAAGAGGAAGCUACUAUACAACCAAAAAAAUGAGCAAGCUUACAAACGUUCAACGCCACAGGAUGGGUGGUCAUGAUGCGGAAGAGCUGAGGAACUUCUGGGAAAAGGUCAUCCAAGAGCAAACUAAGCAACAAGAAGCUGAAGAGUCUAGGCUAAGCAAAAGUGCCCUAAACAAACUUCGCCACGAAUGGACUCUGCGGCUGGAAGGUCGAGCAAGGCAGAUCCAGGCACACAUGAAAACUCGGGAAGAACAAAUGACACCAGUGUCUAUCGAGGCUCUUCCCUCACCAGAUAAAACUGUUGCUUGAAGUUACUGUGCAAACACAGCAAGAACUGUGCCCAAUUUUGACCUACUGCAUGCACCUAUAAACAGCAGUUAUACUGCUGAACAACCAAAAGGUCCAAUUCUGCCCAUUUUCCAAACUAUUUACUAGAGCCACUAUUAAAGUCCUGUUGAAAUUCAGUGCAAGAAUAAUGCUGCAGGAGAAAAAAAAAUGAAAAGGAAUAGAUGAGAAGAAGACAACUCUAAUUUUCCAUGAUUCAUUAUUACUGUGAUGUAUCACGAUUCUCUUAUGUAACUGCAUUUCCAAGUGACAACAACAUACUGCUUGGAAAGGAUGGCUUGUUUAAUAGAAAUAAUACAUUCAGACAGCUGCACGCAAAAUUGCACAUUUCCAUUUGCACAGCACACAGAGUCUGGCUUAAUGCAGAUAUAAGAUGUUCUGUCUGUCUUGAUGAGACACAGUAGAGGGAAUUAAGG